UGACGUAUCAUUUCCUAAAUUAUCUGAUUUUGAGCUUUCUUUUAUAAGGCAUAAAAAUAAAAAAAGUUAAAGAUACUUUUCUGAUAUUUGUGUACUCGUAAUCAGUUAAAUAUAUUAAAACUUCAGCGAAUCGAUUCGUUGUUGUGAUAUAACAAUUCCAAAUGCUCUCAUUUUGCAUGAAGCUGAGAUAAUUACUUGCUCUUUCAAUCUUAAGAUUUAAUAACGCUAAACUUUCUUUCAUCAAACAGAGUUUUUACUUAUUAUAUUUUAAAACCAUAUUUUUUUCUAAUCAUUGUGGCAUCUGAUUUUUAAUAGCAACCGUAAUAUAUUGAAGUUUUUUACUGGAACAACAUACGUAUUUGACGCUCGAUCAUACGUUACUUUUUUGCAUAGAUGUUAUUAUUUAUGUACGGUGCAUAAUAACAUUACAAUUUAGACUAUCGCUUAAGGAUCGGUCAACAUACAUGGCACGAGGAAAUCUGGAAAUUCCCACAUCGCAAACACCACGCGUAUAAAACUAUAAAGACAAAAGAAAUGUUUUUCGUUCGCGAAUUAUUUCGACACGCAACACAUAUUGUAAAAAUUUUAAGGAUUUAGGGAAAUUAAAUAUUAUUAAAUAAUAAUAAAACAGAAACAUAUAGAAUGAAAAAUGGAAUGUAGAAUAAAAAAGGACGAAAAAUAAUCGAUGCAUAAUGCGGAAUGUCGAUUAUCUAUCCAUCACUCUCGUUUUUUUAUCACGCGGAGUGCGUUGCCACAUUCCGCACACGCAAAAAUCAUAAGAAAAGCGCAUGAUUUGUCGAAAGCCAGUAAUAGCACUUAAUAAAAGACAGGCCCCUCUUGACAAUUUUAAAAUCACCGACGCUUUCAAACGUAACGACGUGAAAUCGGCUGCGAAUCUGAAUUCGAAUCAAAUAUCGAGCGUGCGCGCGAAUUUCAAAAAUUAUCAAUCCUGAAAUUAAUUCCUUUUCUUCUAUUUGGUCGAUUUAGGUCAAUGAUAAGUGGAUGUUCGCUUGUCCUCGGGAAUCCGAGGCUUGCAAAGACUUUCGUCGCAGAAAUAUCAGUAUUCAAAUAUCGAUACGCAAGCGCUAUCGACCAUAUUCAGCCGAUUCAGGUUCUCUCAUUCACGUUAGACGAAUUCGCAAAAGUCACUAUUGUCUCGCCUUAUAUCGCGACGUCCUCCGGCAUUUGCAAUUACGGAAGUGAAAAGCAUGAAGAACGAUGCCUCUGGCCCUGCCCGAGGUCGAUGGGUUUUCCCAUCCCUCCCUCAGCGGUCUCGCGCAUAUGCGACCGGGACGGCCAUCGCGUGUAUCGUUCGCUGCGUCACAUCGCUGCCUGUCGACGCGCCAGUCAGUUUGUUUCGAGAGGCGGGACGAUGAGGUUCGUCGACGGCCGCGCGAUCACACUCCAACGUAACAACCACAAGCCUCAUCAAGCCGUUCGCCGUGUUCGUUUUCUUGCCACCUCGCAGCGAUUGGUCCGAGUAUAGCGCGGUAUAGUAAAAAAAAGGAGCAGACGAAACGAGAUUUAUAUGGCGAGAAUACGCGUGCGAGACGGAGCAAAAACCGUUAGACGAGAAACAGACACAUAAUAGGUAUCUCUUGUUUUCCCUCUGCCUGCUUUUUCGCAGAUUUUCGGUCUGGACUGGGAUCGAGAUUCAGAUACGCGUAAAAGGAAGCGAUCGGGUACACGCUACGCAGGAAAACGAAUAAAUGGACGAAAGAGAUCGGCAGAAUCGAGCGAAUGACAGUGCAUGAGCGAGAGUGUACGUCAAUAAUCGACAAUAUAUCAAGAAAACUUCGCAAGGUCGAAAGAAGCGACUGAAGAUAUAUGAGAACGAUCGCGCCACGGGUACAGAUCGCGUCAAGGAAAAUCAUUGAGGGGACAGUCGUGCGCGGACUCCGAUCGGCGUUGCGUCGCGGAUUACAGUGCGAUCAUCUUCGUCGUUGCAUCGGUCGAGUGAGCUCCUCUCGAACGGACGAUCCAAGCGUCGCGGGGAGAUACAGCGAGAGAGGUUAGGUGAGUCCUUCGCCGAGCGCUCCAAAGAUGUGGCAUCCCACGAGCGAGACUAGCCGAAUGAGGGAACGCGUCACGGAGGAUGUCAACGAGCAGCGCAAGGACGGUAGCGGCGAUUCUGCGGCGGGCAACAUCGAUUCCGGGUUCCUGUCGAGCGGCAAUAUACAGUUCAGUGGCGAGAUCCGCGAGCCGGCCGUGGCGUUGAAGCGACAGGACGGCAGCAGCGAGGGUGAGCGAGGAACAGCGACAACGACGGCAACGAUCGUGCGGGAGCCGAUGAGGGCAGUUGACAGCGGGGUGGAUCUCCAUCUGAGCGAGAGUCUGAGUCAGCUCAGCCUGAAUCCGCUCGCUGCCAAGGGCGACAGGAUCCAAGCCGAGCCUACGGACCUGGAGUUGUUGCCCGUGAGCGCGGACCCGACGGCCGACGAUGCCGUCGGAUCGCGAGGGCGGAACGACAGCGACGUGUGGCGCGCGAUGAUCCACGAGGAACCCUGGCAGCUCUACUACGCGCAGGACAGCGACGGUGACACGCAAUUGCACAUCGCGAUCGUACAGGGCUUCGCCGAGGCCGCGCUCAGUUUGAUAAGGAUAGCGCCCGACCCAUGUCUAUUAAACAUCCUUAAUGACGAUUGGCAGUCGCCGUUGCAUCUGGCUGUAUUGACUCAUCAACCUAUGAUCGUCAGACGUCUGGUCCUGGCGGGCGCUGAUCCGUCACUCAGGGAUUUCCGCGGGAACACGGCGCUCCAUCUGACCUGUGCGAAUGGCGACUUUGCAUGCGCCAAGGCCCUUACGGACCCAUUAUCGCCGAUGGAGCGGAAUGAGCUAACACCCAACCGGAAGGUGCCCGCUUUGCCACAAAAUUUGGAGCAGCGUAACUAUAAUGGCGAAAUGUGUUUACACAUAGCAGCCUCUAAUGGACGGGUGGACCUGGUGCGUCUUCUACUGCGCCUCGGCGCCGAUCUCGAGGCGCGGGAGGCACUGGCGGGAAAAACGGCCCUCUACCUCGCGAUGGAGCGCGGGUGCCGAUCAGUGAUCGCAUUCUUGCUGCAGGAAUGUAAACCUUGUCUGGACACGCGAACGUAUGCCGGUACAACCGCCUACCAGCUCGCCCUGUGUAUCGAUAGCCAUCUCGCCAGGGAACUAGUACGACUCGGCGCGAAGCCGCAACCGUUGCCUGAAUCAGAUUCCGAGAACAGCGAGGACGAAGACGUGGUAUUGUCCUCACCAUCGAAUUACAUGCCUGCAAUCAUUCAGAUGCAAAACGCCGUUGGAGUGAGAGUCUAAGGUCCCCGUCGAUGUACGCCGAACGGAAAUACACCCCAACGUGUAUUUUCAAAUCACGAAUACUGAUGUACUACGAUGCAGUCGUAGACCAUACUAUGUACGUUUUCCUGUAGCGACGUACGCUGACUGGAAACCAGCUGAAAGAAACAAACUCAUACGCGAUUAACGAAUUAACGAUUGCAUUGAACGAUAUCAAGACACGAUGUUGUAUCGAACGAAGUAACGAUGUGCGGACACCGGCUGUCCAGGCGCAAUCAUUCGCUUAUUUUUCGUUAACCCGUCUCGUAGCAGAGAGAGAGGGGCAGAACCGGCGUGCGGUGAGGUCCUUCCCCGUGAGUGAGGAAUACUCGCGUUUGAACGAACGCAGGACUUCAUGAGACACAUAAAGAGGACCUAUUCUUGAGUCUGCACGUGUACGUUUGCAAAUAGUAUUGUUGUUAUAGAUCAUAGAUUGUUACGAUAGAUACGGUGGGCGCGUAGUCGGAAUCACGGUUUUAGAUGAGAACCAAUCAGGUAAACAUUCUUUUACGUGCGACUUAACAAUUGUACGAUAUAUAUAUAUAUAUCGUACAAUUGUUAAUUUUAUAUAUAUAUAUAUAUAUACAUGUAUAUUUAUAUUAGCGUAACGGGAGGAUUUGAAGUCUAGACGAUGUGUUUCUCGACGGUGUACAUUAAUCGAAGGAAAUCAGUGUUCAUUUAUGAUAUAGAUGUAAGAUUGCUUCCGUUGACACACAGUAAUCCUUUCCCGUCCCUUCGUGUACAUAGUCGGCUUACUUAUUAAAGUCAUAAAGGUGCAAUUUUGCUACUGUAUAUUAACAGCAGUGAUGCGCGACGAUAUCAUGAUUGUUAUAUCCAUAUGAAAAGGCUGUAAUUAUUUUUAAUAAGAAAACGUGCUAAAUCCACUA